AUGUCAAUUCCUGAAGAGAGUGUGGAGACCACUGAACAACCGGACGUAGUUAUGGCUGAUGCUCUAGUAGUAAAUGAUCAAGAUGAUGGAUCGGAUUCGGGCGAGUACGUGGAAUAUUGGAUUGAUUUGUUUCUUGGGAAAAAAGGCCAUGAAUAUUUCUGUGACAUUGAUACGGAAUACAUCACGGAUAGGUUCAAUCUAAUCAAUUUACAAAAGACAGUAUCUAAGUUUACCACUGUGGUACAAUAUAUGGUGGAUGAUCUUGAAGAAGGCAUCAUCGAGAGCAUGUCACCAGCACGUUUAGAACAAUUGGAAACGGAUACAAGGAAGCUGUACGGAUUGAUCCAUGCACGUUACAUUAUCACGGCGAAAGGUUUACAGAAGAUGCUACAGAAAUACAAAGCGGCCGAUUUUGGAAGGUGCCCCAGGUAUCAUUGUAACCAUCAACCGCUACUUCCUGUUGGACUACAUGACAUACCGGGCAUUGACUGUGUGAAACUAUAUUGUCCAAGUUGUGAAGAUCUUUACAAUCCAAAGUCAAGCAGACAUAGUGCCAUUGACGGAGCGUAUUUCGGUACCAGCUUUCCCGGAAUGUUCUUGCAAGGAUUCCCCGAGAUGUGUCCGAAACACCCAACGAAAAGAUACGUUCCAAAAGUGUUUGGGUUCGAUUUACACAAACAAGCACAGUUGACCCGUUGGCAAGAGCUACAGAGGCUCAAGCUGGAAAAGCUUUUAAUCACGAAAGGCAUAAACCUGAACGAAAGUGGAGGAUACCAGUUCUAA